UGGAGAAUGACACUAACUUGGGUUACAUCCACUUGAGCAAAACGAGUAGAACAAGAUGACACUUCCUUGCCAGACCCUAUUAAAUGCCCUAUGAUGAAGUAUGUGAUGUAGACCUAGAUAAUCUAGGAGGCAGCUGUUUGUUUCCCUUUAUUUUAAUAUAGGCAGGAAAACUGAGGUGUAGUGUUAGAGACGUACCCAUGUUCAUGCAAUGAGGCAAAGCAGACUUGUGACACUUUUUCAAGCCAGGAGAUCCUCCCAAAGGUGGCCAAACCUUCCCCACCCAUUCUCCAGACCUGCCCAGGCCUGUAAUCGCUGCCCAGGCAGCUAAGGCUCCUCCCCAAACAAACGAUAUUGUAGACCCAAUAAACCUGGCUUUUCCUCUCUGCCUCUGGCUGUUUCAUCUUCUUAUCUCUCCUGCUCUCUGCCCUCCCUAUCUUUUGCAGGUCUUGGCUGGUAUCAGAGAAAGGCUUCUAUCCCAUGGCCUCCCACUCCGGGGAGCCAGGACUCCUGCCCUGUGGGUCCUGCGACAUGGUUUUUCGUUCCUGGGCCUUGUUGGCCACCCACACGCAGCGCUUCUGCAUUGGCCGUCUGACCCGGGAAGUAACCCUUGGAGUACAGCCCUCAAAAGCCACUGACCCACAAGGCCUCAUGACUGUGCCACAAGAAUACCAGGGCCUCCCAGAAAACGAGGCCAGCAAGUCGGCUCUAAAGAGGCUAACAGAGGAGGUACAGCGGCUGCGGCUGUACCUGCAGGAGAUGCGUCCCUGGAUAACAGAGAUUGCCAGGGAUUCAGGGGGACCCUGGAGGCGUUCAGAGGAGCCAACUCUGGGCCCCUCCUCCGAGGCUGCUGGGAGCCCCGGCGAGCGGCUCCGGAAGCUGCACCGGACUCACGCGACGCGCGUUGCGGAGAUGGAGGCACAGAGCCGGACCCUGGAGUUACGCAGCGAGGAACUGAACCGGCGCCUCCGAGGUUUGGCAGGAGCCCGGGGCGGUAUAUCACGCCUGUUAGGCCUGGAGCGGGAGCUUCGAGAACUCCGGACAGAGGCCGGGCGUACAAGGGGAGCUCUGGAGUUGUUAGGGACGCGCAUUCAGCAGCCACAGCCCGAGGCCGGGACCCGGCUGAACUUGCAAGAGGCAGAAUUCUGUCGUCCGGUGCUACAAGACAACCCAGGGACCCUGGCUGCUGAGAUCAGGGCCCUGCAUGAAGCCUACAUUCAAGGUGGGGGCCGGGAUCCCGGAGUUCUGGGCCAGAUACGGCAGUUGCAAGUGGAGGCAUCAGCUCUGGAGCUUCGACGGUCUCGAACCCGCAGGGGAAGACCAGCAGGUCCCGCAUUUGGGGAGCUUCUAGUAGUGGAGGCCGAAAACCAGCGCCUGGAGGCGGAAAUCCUGGCUUUGCAAAUGCAGACACGUGUAGGCCAGGUGCCCUGGGGGCCCAGGGAACCUCGACUUGUGGCCAGUCUCAGCCCACAUCUGAGAUGGAGGGACAAUCCCCCGUGCCUCCCACCUCCAGUGGCACCCCCACUGCCACCGCUUCCACACUCUACAGGCUCACAGCUUCCUGGAGCCAUGACCAGGAACCUGGGCCUGGAUCCACACUUCCUCCUGCCCACAACUGACGUUCUGGGCCCUGCACCCUACGACCCAGGGGCUGGCCUGGUCAUUUUCUAUGACUUCCUGCGUGGCCUUGAAGCUUCUUGGACUUGGGUGCAACUAAUGACUGGCUUGGCCCGAGAUGGACGGCAUACAGGAGGGACCACAACUUUGCCCCCAGCCCUUUGCUUGCCCCCACCUCCAGCUCCUGGGCCCAUGGGUAACUGUGCCAUUCUUGCCAGCAGGCAGCCUGUACCCAGACUGCCACCCUCACCAUCAGUAUCCUUGGUCUGUGAGCUACAUGUCUGGCACGGGCUGGCAGGGGCUAGGGCACCACAGCCGAAGGCCUGGGCCUCACUAGUGCUCUUUGACCAGGAUCAGAGGGUGCUAAGUGGCUGUUGGCGUCUCCCACUUCGGGCCCUUCCUCUGGACCCCAGCCUUAGCCUUGGAAAGCUGAAUGGGAUUCCCCAGGUAGGUCAGGCUGAGCUCUUUUUACGGAUGGUGAAUGCCAGAGAUGCAGAUGUCCAGACACUGGCAGAAAUCAAUCCAGCAAGUGCCCACGAGUACCAGUACCCACCUGUGGUGUCCAGCUCAUCUUCACUGGAAGCCAGUUCCUUUGCCCCAACAGGGGGCUUUGUUGACCCCCCUCCUUCUGCAGAAGAGCCCCCUUGGAGCAGAGUCAAAGGUAGAGAUAAGGGUUUAGGCCCGCACCACUGCUUUGACCCUCCCCACCUCCCACCUCAGCUUUUUGAGUUCAGAAUGUGGAUGUGA